GUGGAAACAAGAAACAACAGAAGAGCAUUGGGAGUGAUUAAUCAGAAUUUAGUGGGUGGUACUCAUCCAUUUCCUUGUGUUGUUAACAAGAGAGGAUUAUCUGAAGCAAAUGGAAUCUGUGACAAGAAUCUUCAAAUUCCAGCUCAUAGACCUAUCACGAGGAAAUUUGCAGCUCAAAUUGCUAGCUCUCAGCAAAAUCGCUCCGAGGAAAACAAGAAAGCUAAAAUAGCAGCAGAAGAAUUCAGUAUAUGGGAGGAUAUCCCUCUGACAGAUGUGGAGGAAAAUGAGGCAGCUAAAGAUCAACCUGUUCCUAUGUCUUUGGAACAAACAGAAACAGUGACUAAUGACAAGAAUCAAAUGGAGGUAGAAAUGGAGGAUAUAUUUGAGGAAACUAUUAUAGAUAUUGAUGGCGACGAUGCAAAGAACCCGCUUGCAGUUGUUGAAUAUGUACAAGAUUUGUUUGCCUCCUAUAGAAAAAUGGAGGGUUGUAGCUGUGUUUCUCCGGAUUAUAUGGCACAACAGUUUGACAUCAAUGAGAAAAUGAGAUCCAUUCUAAUUGACUGGCUCAUUGAGGUACAUCACAAGUUUGAGCUCAGAGAAGAGACUUUGUUUCUGACUGUUAAUUUGAUAGAUAGAUUUUUGGAGAAGCAAGGUGUUGUUAGGAAGAAGUUGCAGCUUGUUGGGUUGGUUGCCAUGCUAUUAGCAUGCAAAUAUGAGGAAGUUUCUGUUCCAUUAGUGGAUGAUUUCGUGUUUAUUUCGGACAAAGCCUAUUCAAGGAAGGAGGUUCUUGAAAUGGAAAGAAUGAUGCUCAACACACUGCAGUUUAACAUGUCAGUUCCAACUGCAUAUGUUUUUAUGAGAAGAUAUCUUAAGGCUGCUCAAUCUGAUAGGAAGCUCGAGCUGCUGUCUUUCUUCUUGGUUGAGCUUUGUCUAGUGGAAUAUGAAAUGCUCAAGUUUCCACCAUCAUUCAUAGCAGCUGCAGCAAUCUAUACAGCUCAGACCACACUCUACGGUGUCCAGCAAUGGAGUAAGACAUGCGAGUGGCAUACUAGUUACUCGGAAGAUCAACUUAUGGAGUGUUCGAGAUCGAUUGUGAGCUAUCACCAGAAGGCAGCAACAGGAAAACUAACAGGAGUACAUAGGAAGUACAGCACAUCUAAAUUUGGUUAUGCAGCAAAGUGUGAGCCUGCCCAUUUUCUUGUGCAGACACAACAACAAUAGGGGAAAGGGGCAUGUACAGUUAUUACUAACUUUAUGUGCAAUUGGAUUCCUAAAGAUUUGAUUUUAGGAAGUUUCAUUGGUAUAACGGGUCGGGGUAAUAGGAAAAAUAACUUAGCAACUGUGGUUGCCCCGGGGAGUUUGAUUAUUUAUCUUAUAUUGUUGUUGCAUUUUACAAUGUUCAAAAUUUGAACAGGCCUUGAUUUCGGUUUCGUUUACAAACAGUAAUAAAAAGUCAAAACUUUUCAUAA